AUGAACGGCCGUGCGGCCAACAGCAGUGGAAUGAGCAUCCCAGAAGUGGAUCGUCAAUUGACGGAAAGUUGCGUAGCCCAGCUGGACAACGCUUUGGAGGAGCUGCACAACAGCUUCGAAGCUGGUUUUCUGGAGUUCUCGAAAACCUUCGACGAAGCUUUCUCCAAGCACUUCCGGCUGUACCGCGAGAAAUUCCUGUUCAACGAGGAGUUCAAGAAGCAAAACAUGGCAAUUGUCAACAUCUACAUAAGAUCGAAUACGAUAGAAAAAUGGACGCAGAAAUGGCAGUAUACCUUCUGGAGUUUGGCAUGCGACGUCGGCGGUGCCCUCGGACUGUUCAUCGGAGUGUCCGUAGCUUCUCUUCUGGAAAUCUUCUACGUGCUCUACCAACAUCUUCAUAACCGGAAAAUGCGAAAACAAUGCGAAACCCGCAUCGCCGCGCUGGAGAUGAAGAAUGGCCGAAAGGAG